AUGCCUGCUCGUAAAGCCCUCAUCUCCAUUACCUCCGCCAGCGCCACUCUCUUUGAUGGCAAGGAGACAACCGGCCUUUUCAUCAUCGAAGCCCUGCACCCAUACAAGGCUCUCGUCGCUGCAGGUUUCGAAGUUGACCUCGCCUCCGAAACAGGCAGCUACACUGCUGACUGGCUCUCCCAGCAGCCAGACUUCUUGAAUGGCGAAGACCUGGAGAUCUGGAACAACCUCAAUAGUGAGUUCCGCAAGAAGCUCGACAACAUGCCCAAGGCUUCCGAGCUCGACGGAUCCAAGUAUGGCUUGUUCUUCGCUUCCGCCGGCCAUGCUUCUCUGAUUGACUACCCCACUGCCAGUGCUUUGCAGAACAUUGCUGAGCAGGUCUGGGCCAAUGGGGGCGUCGUUGCCUCCGUCUGCCAUGGUCCUGCGAUCUUUACCAACAUGCUUGACCGGGCCACUGGAGAGCCGAUUAUUCGGGGAAAGAAGAUUACCGGUUUUACGACCGAGGCGGAGAACACCAUGGGAAUUAUGAAUGAGCUGAGGGGAUUCGGAUCUGAGAUGGUGGAGGAACUUGCUGAGCGCCUUGGUGCUAGGUAUGAGCGAUCCGCUGGAAUCUGGGAUGAUUUCCAUGUUGUUGAUGGUCGACUCGUCACUGGUCAGAACCCUGCCAGUUCCACCUCUACUACCAAGGCCGCUAUCGAAGUAUUCGAGAAGCUCUAG